UUCCUAUCCAAAAACCCUAGCGUCUCCUAGGGUUUCCCUCCUUUUUUUUCAUCGCUUGCCAGUGGCACCCAGAUCCAAAACCUCAGCGAGACAAAAUCCUUGAUCAUGGUUGUAGGACUCGACGCUGGAUUGGUCCCAUUCAAUCCCGAAGGGUGGGGCCCACCCGAUUCCACCGAAACCACCACUUCCGUCGCCGCCGGCAGCACUAACAACCUUCCUCUUAACGUUCCCUUUGCCCCCUUCUCCCGCUCCGAUAAGCUCGGCCGGGCCGCAGACUGGACGCGCAACUACAACAAUCCGGCCCGCCCCAAGAACCCUUCCGACUCCGUCUUCGACUUCUCCAACGACGAAUCGUUCUCUGCCUCGGCCGACGACGACUCGUUCCGACUUGUCGACGGCAAGCCGCCUCCGAAGCCCAGGUUCGGUCCGAAAUGGCGGUUCCAGCAGCAACGCCAGCUCCCCCAGCGGCGAGACGAAGAGGUCGAGGCCCGCAAGCGCGAGGCCGAGAAGGAGCGAGCCCGUCGCGACCGGCUAUACCACCUCAACCGUCCGAACCCUAACGCGCCGCGCCGCGAGGCCGCCGUGUCCAAGUCUUCCGUGGACAUCCAGCCCGAGUGGAACAUGCUCGAUCAGAUCCCCUUCUCCACCUUUUCCAAGCUCUCUUUCUCCGUUCCCGAGCCAGAGGAUCUCAUCCUCUGCGGCGCGCUCGAGUUCUACGACCGCUCCUACGAUCGCAUUACUCCGAAGAACGAGCGCCGCCUCGAGCGUUUCAAGAACCGCAAUUUCUUCAAAGUCACCACCACCGACGAUCCAGUCAUCCGUCGCCUCGCCAACGAGGACAAAGCAACGGUCUUCGCCACCGAUGCAAUUCUAUCCACGCUCAUGUGCGCACCGAGAUCGGUGUACUCGUGGGACAUUGUUGUUCAGAGGGUUGGAAAUAAGCUGUUCUUCGACAAAAGGGACGGCUCGCAGCUCGAUUUGCUCUCGGUGCAUGAGACAUCGCAGGAGCCAUUGCCGGAGGCAAAGGAUGAUAUCAACUCAGCGUACUCCCUCAGUGUCGAGGCCGCCUACAUUAACCAAAAUUUCUCGCAGCAGAUCCUGAUUCGGGACGGGAACAAGGUGACCUUCGACGAGCCCAACCCCUUUGCAAACGAAGGGGAAGAGGUCGCUUCUGUGGCGUAUAGGUACAGGCGUUGGAAGCUGGACAAUGACAUGUACUUGGUGGCGCGGUGUGAGGUCCAGAGCGUGGUCGAGGUUAACAAACAGAGGUCCUUCCUCACUUUGAAUGCGCUCAAUGAAUUCGACCCGAAAUACUCUGGAGUCGAUUGGAGGCAGAAGCUUGAGACCCAAAGAGGUGCUGUAUUGGCCACCGAGCUGAAGAACAACGCGAACAAGUUGGCUCAAUGGACCUCUCAAGCUAUGCUAGCUGGCGCGGAUUUGAUGAAAUUGGGGUAUGUCUCGCGGGUUCAUCCUCGCGAUCAUUUUAACCAUGUGAUAUUGGCGGUCGUUGGGUACAAGCCGAGGGAGUUUGCGGCGCAGAUUAAUUUGAACUCUUUGAAUAUGUGGGGAAUUGUGAAAUCCAUUGUGGACCUUUGCAUGAAAUUGAAUGAGGGCAAGUACGUGCUUGUGAAGGACCCGACUAAGCCGCAAGUUAGGAUCUAUGAGGUGUCAUCUGAUGCAUUUGAGAAUGACUAUGUGGAGGAGCCGCUGCCAGAGGACGAGCAGGUUCAGCCACCGGUGGAGGAUGCCGAUGCUGGCGAGACAAAUGCUGCUGCUGUAAAUGAUGUCGAAUAGAGAGGUUGAUGCUCAAGCUUAGAGAAUGACUAGAGAGUGCCGAGCAAAACUCUUAGGGAUUGUUCCAUGGAUAUAGUUGCGAGUCUGUGACUAAUACUAUUAAAUGGAAGUUACUACUUCACUUACUCUUCAGAAUACCGGAUGGUCGUAGAACAAACUAAUGACAAUGUUCAAAAUGGUAGUUAAAAGUCACUGCUACAGGUGAUCUGAGAUUGCCACUUUUCCUUUUUCUUGGAAAACUCUCAUCGUCUGUGUGGUUGGUUUUGGUUGUUUGGAUUAUGAUUUGUUAGCUGAAGUAUGCCCUAUGAGUCUGCAUCAGAUUCAAAGUUUCCUUUGGCGGAUUUGAUCUCC